UGGAGUUUAGAAAUCUCAUCAUAAAUCAACGUAAAUUUUUCCGGUUUUAUCUCUCCGUUUUCUCCUAUAUUUGAUUGAGAAGAUAUAUCAAACAAUCAAGACCUUGUUUUAUCACGUUUCCAAAUACCUCGAAGUUCCUCAAAAAUACUCCGCUGUGCUUCGUAUUUUCAACUCUCUUAUCGGUGUUUUAAAAUGUGGCAGAAACUAUUUCUCGUAAUUGAUAUGUUACAUAGCCAAUAAAUGUAGUGAUUCAAUAGAUUUACCAGUGACAAGAAUUCACGACGACUUUCAAACCUCAAGAUUAGAACUUCAAGUAUGCUUUUAGAGUCAGUAAAGUAUGAACCGCGUUUGCGUGCUUUUCGCAGUCACGGUGUUCAUUUAACACAGAGGACACCGACAAUGAAUCAUUUUCAGUUUGCCACUAAGUUUGUCACGUUUGGCUACGCUUACAGACGGUUGCCAUGAAAGAAUUACAAGUACUCCUAUGGAGUGGAACUAAGGUAAAAUUGAACUGGUUUCAACUGGUCAGAAGCAAGUAAUUUAGUGUAAUAGCCAAACCUAAUUAACUUCUAAAUCACAUUUUUUAUCAUUCUUCAAUAACUGCUAUACCCACAUCUUAACAGGUGGUCUUAUGGGAUUGUCCUAUACGAAAUAUUCACCAUUGGUACGUUAUUCUUCAUUAUUUCUAGGCAGUGUAAUGAUUUUGAUUUUACAGUCUUAGCACACGUCAGCUAAUUUAAGUUAUUUGAUAAAAUCAGUUAUGUUUUUUUUAGCGAAUAAGCAAUCUGGGGCAAGUUGGGCCCAUUAUUUAGAUCAAGACUAGCAUAACAGGUUUUAAACUCCCUGAAGCUCAAACAGGAAAAUAUUACAGCUAAUUAUUCGAGACAAAAAGUCGUCCACUCUUUUGAUCAAAUAGUGAACUUCUAAACUCAAUAUUACAACAAGAAGCAAAAUCAUAUCCAUGUUUUAGACCAAAAUACUCCUUGGUGUGUCGCGUAUAUAUGCCCACAUAACGUAGUGUGUAUGUAAUCAGGCCCCUAACAAGUCUCCGUACUAAUCCACAACAGGAGGCAUUCCGUAUCCCGAUUGGUCAGAAGCCAAGACAAUAGUGGAAAUUAAACAAGGUUACAAGAUGCCAAAGCCCCAACACGUCGACAAAUCUUUGUAUGACAUUAUGGUGAGGUGCUGGAACGUCAACCCUGACUUCCGUCCUCCCUUUGAAAAUCUGCGAAAGAGAAUGGAGUCUUAUAUUCGUGACACGACAUACCUGGAACUGAUCAACAUGGACGAGUACGAUUCAAGUAAAUAUGCAAAAGUGGAAGACGAGGGAGGAGAAAACAUUAGGGAACAUUCGCAAGAAGCUAAGUCAAGUGGAAAGAAACGUGGAGCAAGAAGAUGUGCAAGCGUGCGCCAGUAGAGAUUGUGCAUUGAUUCGAAUCACGAGAGUAUCAUGUUAAUGGCAAAAAAAAAAAACCAUAAAUAACAGAAAAUUGUCAGUUAAAUAGCUGGCCAUGUAGAUUUGAUCAAAAGAGAUUUACUCAUAAUUUGCAUGUUUAGCUGAAAUAACAUUUUAAAUCUGAUCCGGAAGAUGAUAGCAGAAAUGGACUAGGGUAGUUUCUAGGGCCAUGGUUCCCCAUUUUGACAAAGGUAGCCAUUGUUAUACGUUUGUCCAACUAAUGAGACGGCUGUGUUAAUGAAGUGGCUGUGAUAAUAGUAUUCAGUACUAUUAAUGAAGUCGCCGCACUAAUAAGAGACUUAUAAUAAUAAGGUGCCCGUGCUUCUGACGUGAUCAUGCUUAUUUUAUACUAAUGAGGUGCCGUUCAAAUGAGUUGCUGUGCUGCCAAGGUUGUCGCGUUAACGAGGUAGCUGAGCUGAUGAUAUUUUCCGCCAAUGAGGUGGCGCACUAAGGAAGUGAUGUGCUAAUGAGGCGGCUGUGAAAAAGACGCAUUAACGAGCUGGAUGUUGAUAAUGCGGCUGCUGUGCUAAUGAGAUAGUUGUGCUCAUAAAUUAAAGCGGCUGUGUAAAAAAUAAAACUGAAUGUGACUAUCUGAAGAAACAAUUUGAAGAGACAAUAACUCAGAGAAAAGGGCAAGGAACAAGUAGCUUUACUAGUUGAACUUUCUUGUUGGCUGUAUGCCGUCAUGGAGUAUCUCUGCUCGUUAGGCCACUUUCCUUCUAAAAGGCACUUUACAGAGAGGUACUACCCCUGCAUGUUAUGAGGUGGUUGUGUCAGUGACGUGGCGCUACUAAUUAAGUGAACGUAAGAACGAGCUGGAUGUUGCUUAUUAGCCUGCUGUGCUAAAAAGGUGGUUGUGUCUAUGAAACAGCUGUGUAGAUGUUGUUGAUUAACUAUCUAGUGAGGUGCCUGUCUUAAUUAGGAACAAGAACAAUUUGGCUCCAAUCAGGAAAAUACAAAUGACAUGUUUAAGUCAUUAUCAGUAUGUAACUAGCCCAGAAACCACAGGUAAAAAUUCCAUAGUUUAGUUCACACUGUAUAAUCAUCAUUUUAUUACAUUACCUAGUAAUUACGAGUUCGUUUGUUCUUUGCUGGUAUUUAAAAAUUGUUAACAGAGAGUUGA